AUGACGUCAGCUAAACAGGGUUCAGUGUCGUCCCCUAGGCUUCCAGACCUAAGUUUGGAGGCAGAAAUGGCGGAUAAAUUUCCACAGCUUCCAAUCCCCCCUGAACCUCCGCAUGUAGCAUCUCCGGUCUCGUGGCCCAUGCCGUCAAAGCACGGUUGCGGCCUCGUAUUGUUGUUGUGGACAGUUUGCUCUCUCAUUGGAUCUUGUUACCAGGUCUCAUCCGCCCCUCGUGACUCACCGCUGUCUUCACUUGUCCCCACCUUCCGUCGCUGUCAUAUGGAAGCUGAUAUAAUCUCAAAGUUAUCACCUCUAGUGGGAGAUAGAUCCCAUCCGAAUCUUCGACAAUACCAUGACCACCCUCUGCCGCGUCUACAACCGGCUGGAAUUUUCGCGUAUAGCCGCUGUAACAUUACAUCCCGGAGGACGUCCUUCCACUUCUCCUCCCCAAUGUCGAUUACCCUCCGGAGCGAGAUCUCAAAAGAAUGGGCUUGGCCUAUUUCAAAAGGUUUGUGGCGGUUUGGCCCAUCUCGGAGGUGGCUACUUCCUCCGCCGCCAAAGCUCCCAUCGCCUCGGCUCACUCUUCUGUUAGCCGUGGCUCCAUCUUUCCCCCUCUUAACCACCCCCUCGAAUUGGAUCUAUCCACUCCUCUCUAUGUAG